CUUUGGGGGGGGCCCCUCUCCUUGCCUGCCCCCCCCGGGGGAUCACCCCCGGGGUUGUAAGGAGCUCCUCUCUCUGCCUCCCUGGAUGGAGGGGACCUCACCAGGUCCUGUACUCUUCCCUGGGGUCCCCUGCUUUCCUCACACACACACUUCUCCAUCCCUCGGGAUCUCCUUGCUCUCCUCUAAGCACCACUUUUGGGCAGCAUCAGGGACCCCUGUCCCACCCUGUUGACUCUGUUUAGCAUUAUGGGGUCCCCCUUGUUGUCCUCAUCCCUUCCCUCUCCCACUCCCCCCUACCCUAAAAAGGGACAACAGCGUCCCCUCCAUGGGGGUGACAGCUGAGGUGGGUGCUGCUCCUACAGGAGGAACUGCCGAGGGAACCCCAACUGUCUGGUGGGCAUCGGGGAGCACGUCUGGCUGGGAGAGAUAGACGAGAACAGCUUCCACAACAUCGACGACCCAAACUGCGAGCGCCGCAAGAAGAACGCGUUCGUGGGCUUAACGAAUCUCGGCGCCACGUGCUACGUGAACACUUUCUUACAGAUGUGGUUUCUUAACUUGGAGCUCCGACAAGCCCUCUACUUGUGUCCCAGCACCUGCCACGAGUACGUGUCCGGAGAGGGCAUCCCGAAAGACAAAGUAGACUAUGAGCCUCAGACCAUUUGCGAACACCUCCAGUACUUGUUCGCCUUGCUGCAGAACAGCAAAAGGCGAUACAUCGACCCCUCUGGAUUCGUCAAAGCGCUGGGCUUGGACACUGGACAGCAGCAGGAUGCCCAGGAGUUUUCUAAGCUGUUCAUGUCACUGCUGGAAGAUACUUUGUCCAAACAAAAAAACCCAGAUGUUCGAAACAUAGUGCAAAAGCAGUUCUGUGGAGAGUACGCCUAUGUCACGGUCUGCAACCAGUGCGGCAGGGAGUCCAAACUCGUGUCUAAAUUUUAUGAGCUGGAGUUAAACAUCCAAGGGCACAAGCAGCUGACGGACUGCAUAACGGAAUUUCUUAAGGAAGAAAAAUUAGAAGGGGACAAUCGUUAUUUUUGUGAAACUUGUCAGAGUAAGCAGAAUGCCACGAGGAAGAUCAGGCUGCUAAGUCUUCCCUGCACGCUCAACCUGCAGCUGAUGCGUUUCGUGUUUGACAGGCAAACUGGCCAUAAGAAAAAGCUCAACACCUACAUCGGCUUCUCUGAGCUGCUUGACAUGGAGCCUUUUAUGGAGCAAAAAAACAGCGUCUACGUCUAUGAACUUAGUGCCGUCCUCAUACACCGCGGCGUGAGCGCAUAUUCCGGGCACUACAUCGCCCACGUGAAGGAUCCGCAGACGGGCGAGUGGUACAAAUUUAACGAUGAAGACAUAGAAAAGAUGGAAGGGAAGAAACUGCAGUUGGGGAUUGAGGAAGAUCUAGCGGAACCUUCAAAAUCCCAGACUCGUAGACCCAAGUGCGGGAAAGGUACUCACUGCUCGCGCAAUGCUUACAUGCUGGUAUACAGGCUGCAAACCCGGGAGAAAUAUUUGGCAGUUGAAGUACCAGCUUUUCUGCAGGAGCUGGUAGAGCGUGAUAACUGCAAGUUUGAGGAGUGGUGCAAUGAAAUGGCCGAGAUGCGCAAACAGAGCGUGGCCAGAGGCAAAAUCAAACACGAAGAGGUGAAGGAGCUCUACAAAAAGUUACCCGCUGAAGCUGGUUCCCCGUACGAUUUCAUCUCUCUCGAAUGGCUGCAGAAAUGGCUGGAUGAGUCUACCCCUCCAAAACCUAUAGAUAACACAGCCUGCCUCUGCUCACACGGCAAACUCCAUCCCGACAAAAUAUCCAUUAUGAAGAGGAUAUCUGAGUACGUGGCUGACUUCUUCUACAGGCAAUACGGAGGAGGGCCUCGGCUGAAUGUCAAAGCACUUUGCAAGGACUGCGUGGUAGAAAGGUGUCGAAUCCUGCGACUGAAAAACCAGUUAAAUGAAGACUACAAAACCGUUACGAACUUGCUGAAGAUAACAGUCAAGGGGAACGACGGGUUUUGGGUUGGAAAGGCGUCCUUGCGGAGCUGGCGUCAGUUGGCUCUGGAGCAAUUAAAUGAGCAAGAUGAAGACGCAGAGCACAGUAAUGGAAAAAUGAAUGGGAAUGCACAAAACAAAGAUGAAUCAAAUGAAGAGAAGAGAGAGGAGGAAGAGGAGUUAAAUUUUAAUGAAGACAUCGUUUGCCCACAUGGUGACCUGUGCAUAUCCGAAAACGAACGGAGAGUGGUUUCGAAGGAAGCCUGGGAGAAACUCAAGCAAUAUUUUCCAAAGGCCCCUGAAUUCCCAAAUAACAAGGAGUGCUGUUCCCAGUGCAAGAUUUUGGAACGUGAAGGGGAGGAAAACGAAGCUCUACAUAAGAUGAUGGCCAGCGAGCAGAAGACUUCUCUCCAGAACCUGUUUCAUGAUAAAUGCAGACCUUGCCUAGGCAGCUGGCCUCAGGAGACAGAUGAGCUGUAUAUUGUUUCACAGUUCUUUGUAGAAGAAUGGAGGAAAUUUGUCAGGAGGCCGACGCGAUGCAGCCCCGUGUCCUCAGUAGGAAACAGUGCUCUUCUCUGCCCCCACGGGGGCCUCAUGUUCACCUACGCUUCCAUGACCAAAGAAGACUCCAAACUUAUAGCUCUAAUAUGGCCCAGCGAGUGGGAGAGGAUUCAAAAACUCUUCGUUGUGGAUCACGUCAUCAAAAUCACCCGAACGCAAGCUGCCGGGGCAGACCCUGAGAGUGCACUUUACACCUCUGAGCCCCAACUCUGUCCAGAGUGCAGAGAGGGGCUGUUGUGCCAACAGCAGCGGGACUUGCGUGAGUACACCCAAGCAACCAUCUACAUCCAUAAAGUGGUGGAUAAUAAAAAGGUAAUGAAGGACGCUGCUCCAGAGCUGAACGUGAGCAGCUCAGAAGCUGAAGAGGACAGGGAGGAAAGCAAGCCAGAGGGGGAGCAAGACCCAGAUUUUAACCAGACCAAUGGAGGUGCGAAGCGCCAGAAGAUCUCGCACCAGAGCUACAUUGCUUACCAAAAACAAGGCAUCAGGCGAAGCACCCGACACCGGAAAGUCAGAGGGGAGAAAGCGCUGCUUGUUUCUGCUAAUCAGACACUGAAAGAGCUGAAAAUACAGAUCAUGCAUGCAUUUUCAGUUGCUCCCUUCGACCAGAAUUUGUCCAUCGAUGGGAAGAUACUGAGCGACGACACCGCAACGCUCGGCAGCCUGGGUGUCAUCCCCGAGUCCGUCAUUUUAUUAAAGGCUGAUGAACCGAUUGCAGAUUACGCAGCGAUGGAUGAUGUUAUGCAAGUUUGUAUGCCUGAAGAAGGAUUUAAAGGGACUGGUUUACUUGGACACUGAUGGUUUUCUAAGCAUUGGCAACAGCGGAGUGACCAGGAGGGAAGAGGAUUUUGACAUGGUAGGGCAUACAUUAAAAAAAAAAAAAAAAAAAAAAAAAAAAAAAAAAAAAAAAAAAAAAAAAAGGAAAAAAAAAAAAAAAAAAGGUGGAUUCAGGACUGAACUCUUUGACUCUUCCAGAAGGCAGAAACCCAUUCCGAAAUGACUGCCCCCCCUCUGAGAAAAGAAAAAAAAAUGCCUUAUGUCAAAGCAGAUUGCACUGAAGGACACCCUGCCUUCAAGAGAACGUUUCCCCAUUUUAUAUUUAAUAAAGCAAGAGGAAGGUCGGGAGGUUUAGUGGCAGGGAGCAGCAUAUCGUGCUGACAGGUGAGGGAGGCGGAGGCGUUCCCCUGUACCCCCCAACUCCGCUCCCGUGCCGCUCGCCUGUCCGAAAAGCAGUUUAUAAUCCGGUAGAUCCAAACCAUCUCGAUCUGUUCUCUGGGAACUCUUUAAGCGUAACCUGCUUACAGAUAAUCCUGUCUUUGAUCCACUCUUACUCUCUCAGUACAGCAUGGAGGUAAAGAAAUCGUUUACUUGUGAGGAAUGUCUCUUUUUUUAAAACUUAUCUAUUAAACCCAAAAAACUGAAGCGGGGGGGUUGCCACUUGCCUUUCACUUCCAAAAGUUAGGAUGACUUCACCCACCCCAUCUUUCUCUGUGAACUGUGGUUUGGUUUUUUUAGAAACUGUGGGGUAUUUUAACGACUUUUGAGAACACCUUUUUCCUUCCCUCUGGGACUGCCAGGAGCCCUCAGGAGCUGGCAAAGGGGGUGCGGGUGGGGGGAGUUUCCCAUGGGAAGAGCUUGUAUUUUUACACACACACACACCCCCCCACACACCCCAAUUCUCCUAGUUUUUCAGGAAUGCACUAAUAAUUAUUUGGGGUUUGGCACCUGGAGCUCUCCCCUUUGCCCAUGAGCAGCGGGACAGAGCGUACCCCUUCCAGACCUUACAAACAGGGCGCUCCCAAGGUAUCUCCAGAAUAAAGUUAGACAUUUCCUCUGCCUUUUUCUAGCCUUUUAACUCGUUUCUGCGGCAAAGUGCGAUGGGGGGAGUCAGGUCGCUGCCACACCAGCUUUAGUUUGGGGCUGUGAGAAGGGGUGGGGGGGAUGAUGACACACACGUAUCCCAACUUUUAAAAGUUAUUUUUUAUCCCAAGAAUUGCAGCUGUGCUCGGCUGAGCCUAGGGGCUCCGAGUCCUCUCCUCUGUCCCCAGCGGGUUGGGUGGCGAAGCAGCCCGUGUUUGGGGCCAUGGAGCUCUUCAAAGGUGGUUUUUGGGGGUCAGUUUGGACCCGCGUAUUCUUUCCCAAGGUAAAGAUGUUGGCAGGAAUUUGGUGCACUGGAGCCCCUCCGUCCUUCGGAGGUUUUCUUCUUCCCCGACUGAAGCACUCGCCUGUGUACAUAUUUCCUGGAAAUUCCUUAUGAUUUUUUUUUUUAAUGUUACAAAAAAAAAUAUCUCUUCCUUGAGCUUAUAAUGUUGCAAAAUUAAAGUCUCUAAACUCAGCGGGAAGGAAGGAGCCGGGGUCAGGGUGGUGUUUCCGAGGGGGGACGUACGGCCGUGCCGUGGCAUCACCCUGUCUCACGGGGGAUGCAGGCACAAGAUGUGAUCCAAGGCCCCGUUACUGUUCUGUCUGUUAUUUGCAAACAUUAUCGGAUUAAAAUUGUCAUUUGAGCUGUGGAAGCCUUAUUAAAGCGCAUACACAUG